AUGGCUGACCAUGGACUUCCGUGGCUUUGUCCUAUCUAUGAUGAUUUAUUGACCUGCUGCUCGCUCAAAUUCGCGGCAGAUCGAUGGCUUUACCUUAAGCACAAGUACUGCAAACCAAAGCGCGGAGAAAUUAUGUCAAAGCUGGCCCAGUUAGUCGAUUGGAAGCUUGCGGAUAAGGAAAGCCUGAGGGAUGGAAUGGAUCGGUUGUCAAGGUACUAUCGAGAGUACAAGGAGCUUAGUGACACGGACCCGGAAGGGGAGUUACUGGUGAUAGCUCUUUACCUGCGAGGAACUCCUAAGAGGUACGACGCGAUCAAACAAACUGUUGAGGGUAUCGAAAUAACCCGAAACGAGGUGGUAACCCGUAUGGAAACCACGGAGUCCCGUCUUCAGAAGAACCCCCAGGAAUAUACCUCCUGUGCAAAGGAGAAGAAAAGGGGAAAGGGACCAAAGUGUCACGGCUAUGAAGAGGACUCCAAAUCUGACCAAAAGAAGGGCAAGUCCGAUAAGAGAAAGAAGAAGGAUAAGGCCAGGAAUGCAAAGGAAGCAGACGCUGAGGACUCUGGAGACGACGGAGAUAGUAACAGCACUGCAAUGCUAGUCCAAGAAAAGGCCGCCAAAUCCGAAGCCGGCUAUCUUAUCUCAAGAGCCGAACUGGUUGAAAGCGCACUGUUAUCGAACGGUGGUAAGCGCAGCGGCAACUGGGUGAUUGACACGGGAAAUCUCCAUUGUAAAUCAGUAUAG